CCUCGCGGGUCGGGGAUGCCAGGCCCACCCCGCCUCUGGGAGAGACACCGGGGGCAGGGCCGGGCCGGGAGUCGGCCGGGCCGGGGGCGGAGGCGGAGGCGGGCCUGCUGGGAAGCAGCCGUGUGUGGGAACCCGAGCCGCGGGCUCUGCCUGAGUGGGUGGCGGAAGAGGGCGAACCGGUUUUUUCACCGAGUUCUUCGCGCUUUUAAGCUAGCUCUUGCAGGCACAAAAGCCCGAGCAACCGUCGCCCGAUUUCUCUGGGGAUGGGGCGGGCGGCGUUUGGGCGGCGGGGCCCGUGCGCCCGGUGGCGGCGGCUGCGGCCGCGCGGGGAAGGGCGGCCGCGGAGCCUCCCGCGGCCCCGCGCGGCUCCGGAGUUACUUUGGCGUCGCCCCGCCCCGCGCGCCGCGGCGGCUCGGUGCAGACCCGACCUCGGGUCCCGCGGCAGGCCAGGGGAAGUCUGAGUGCGGGUCGCCGCCCUGUGAACUCCGGCCGAGUUGCGGAGCUCUCUGGAGAACUUGGCGGACCCUGCAGGGAACCCUAGUAGAGCCUGACGGGGCGGCCGAGGAAGGACCUCAUGGACUUUGGGGCUACACCCGGAACCCCGUUUUCCCUUCGGGAUCACCCCUGGUUCUUUACGUGUCCUGCAAAUAUCUGUUAAGCGCUGUUGUAGGCGCUGAGGCUGUGUGUUGAGCCAUGGUCCCUUGCCUUGCUGGGGCGUACAGUGGCGGAGACAGUUGCGACCAAUUAUUGAAGUCGUGGUAAAUGCACAGGAGCCGCGUCCUUUUUAGAGGAUAAGUGCUACCGCCGCCGCUGCCGUGCUGCUCCAAUUGGGGACACAAAGCCUUCAGUUAAUUCAGAAGGAGAAAAAUUGGAACAGAAAUAUUAAAACAUUGUUGAUUAAACAUAAUACCACUCCAAAGAUGUGAA